AUGUACAUGCAUGGUGUUUUUGUGCAUGCGUCGGCCGAGCUGCAUGUAACCGUCAUCCACCGCUGUCUCUGCGGUCGUUACUUUCAGCCUACCCUAAACCUGCUCCUCUGCCCUGGCAAGCGCGGAGCAGUUAAGCCAAGCGUUCUUAUAGAACUGAGCUAAGAUUUUCA